UUCUUCAUUGCUCACUUGAAGCAUCUCUCUCUCUCUCUCUCUCUCUCUCUCUCUAUCCUUCUCUUUGCUGUUUUAAUCUUUAUUAACCAAGUUGAUUAAAAUGUCAAUUAGCUCUUCUUUUAGGGUAUUAGCCCUUUUGUUGUUUGCUCUAGUGGGAAGCUCUUUAAGGGUUGCUUUUGCUGGUAAUUUCUACCAAGAUUUUGACCUCACAUGGGGUGGAUAUCGAGGUAAGAUGCUUAAUGGAGGGCAACUUCUCACCUUGUCUUUGGACAAAACCUCUGGGUCUGGCUUCCAAUCCAAGCAAGAGUAUCUCUUGGGGAGAAUUGAUAUGCAGCUCAAGCUUGUUGCAGGCAACUCAGCUGGCACUGUAACUGCAUACUAUUUAUCUUCUCAAGGGCCAACCCAUGAUGAGAUUGAUUUCGAGUUCUUGGGAAACCUUAGUGGAAACCCUUAUAUCCUACACACCAAUGUAUUCACCCAAGGGAAAGGGAACAGAGAGCAGCAGUUCUAUCUCUGGUUCGACCCUACAAGGAACUUUCACACAUACUCUAUUGUCUGGAACUCACAAAGGAUCAUCUUUUCAGUGGAUAACAUCCCUAUCAGAGUAUUCAACAACCAUGAGGCAAUUGGCAUUCCAUUCCCAAGGAAGCAGCCCAUGAGGAUCUACUCCAGCCUCUGGAAUGCUGAUGACUGGGCCACAAGAGGUGGGCUUGUGAAAACAGAUUGGACCAAAGCACCUUUCACUGCAUACUACAGGAACUUCAAUGCCAAUGCCUGUAUCUGGUCUUCUGGAACUUCACACUGUGGUUCAAGGUCUUCUUUUUCUAAUGAAGCAUGGCAGACACAAGGGGUUGAUGCCACUGACCGAAGGAAACUCAGGUGGGUACAGAAAUAUUACAUGAUUUACAACUAUUGCACCGAUUUGAAGCGAUUCCCUCAAGGUGUUCCUCUUGAGUGUAAACGUUCAAGGUUCCUUUAGAAAUAGGCUUUAGUUGUUGUGUCAAUUAUGUGAAUUAGUUUGUGAUUUAUCCAUUGCUGGUCAGUCAUUAGUGCUGAUUUCUUUCAAUGUAUUCGAGUUUUCGUACUCAUUUGGAAAAAAAAAAAAAAAAGAUUUUUUAAUCAUAAA